CCAGGCCAGGGCGGGCGUUGCAACGAACAAACAAACGCUGCUUUCAGAAGAAGGGUUCUUCCUUCUCCACUUCUUCUAUCCCGUCACACGAGUCCGACGACGACGACUUGAGGGAGAAGACGAAGAGGAAGCCACUCCCGAAAGAUUCGACGGGAAUUUUGUUGUUCGUCCGGGGGAUUCCCAGCGAUCGGCCUAUCUCCGGCGGCGGAUGGGGCAGGCGUUCCGCAAACUGUUCGAUGCCUUCUUCGGCAACAGCGAGAUGAGGGUCGUGAUGCUUGGGCUGGAUGCAGCGGGCAAGACCACCAUCCUGUACAAGCUGCACAUCGGGGAGGUCCUCUCGACUGUCCCUACGAUUGGGUUCAAUGUUGAGAAAGUUCAGUACAAGAACGUGCUGUUUACAGUGUGGGAUGUUGGUGGCCAGGAGAAGUUGAGGCCCUUGUGGAGACAUUACUUUAAUAACACAGAUGGAUUGAUCUACGUGGUUGAUUCAUUGGAUAGGGAGAGAAUUGGAAAAGCCAAAGCAGAGUUUCAGACAAUAAUCAACGAUCCUUUCAUGCUUAACAGUGUCAUAUUGGUAUUUGCCAAUAAACAAGAUAUGAAAGGGGCGAUGACACCAAUGGAGGUGUGCGAAGGCCUUGGCCUCUAUGAUUUGAAGAACCGCGUCUGGCACAUCCAAGGUUCCUGUGCCCUCAAAGGUGAUGGUCUUUAUGAGGGCUUGGACUGGCUGUCAAGUACUCUGAAGGAUCUGCAAGCGUCCGGUCGCCUACCCUCAGGAGGGACCUAACAGUUCUAAGUAGCACUUCUGCUUAUAAGAUCCUAAUGCUCAUACUAACAACCUUUGGAUGAAAGAUGACACCAGAAAGAAAGAAAAAGAUACUGGUGAGGAACACCUUAUAGCCACAUAUCCAGUUUUCGUGAUAAGCUUCGGUGUUGAUUCUGCUGAAGAAAAGACCUUGCUUGGGUCUGACCGCAUCAAAUUUACCUGUACAAUCUUGUCAUGGAUAGUGUGGAUUCUCUAAUUCGUGACAUAUUUCAUGUAAAUUUUCCUGUGAGUUUAGAGAAGCUAACCAUCUUAUGCUUUUGUUCACAUAUGAGGACUGGAACAUAAUGUUAUUGAUGUAAAUUUUCUGUAAGAUAAUUUUGGCAUGAUACAAUUUAUGCCCCCCCCCCCCCAUCUCUUGUCGUA